AAGAAUGGUGUCUUGGUAGAAUUGUCAGACUCCACCGAGGAGCUGAUAACCACAUACGAGUAGCCGAAGUUAAAACUCAAAAUGGCAUUUUCACACGACCCAUCGUAAAACUUUGUGUACUUCCCCCCCAAUAAACUAAACUAAACUCUAAACUACCACACUUUUCUAUACGUUUUUCGAAGCCCAUCUCCAGUAUGUCGACCAUCUAAUACGGUUUUUUUAUUUCAGAAUGGCGGACAUUUACCAAUGCCAGCUAUGCUGCCGUUUCCAUCCAUUACAGGCUUGUGCGUGGUUUCGGCGAAUGACUGUAGAUGAGCGGAAAGAGGCUGUUAGAGUACAUAAAUAUUGCGGCAACUGUCUGGCACGAUCUCACUCCACCAGGGCAUGCCCUUCAAGGAACACUUGCCGAGUAUGCAAGUUGUCACACCACACCCUUUUGCAUCGGACCACAGAUAAAACCCCAGCGCGAAUUUCCAGCGCCGUCACUAUUGUGCCUCCGCGUGCCCAAAAACGCCAAUGUGUCCAUACGCGCAUCUGCUUAUGCCACCCACAGCGAACAAACACCACUGUGCCUAGAAGUCAGCGUAAAGCACUAAACCGUGAUGGAAAAGAGGGCAUUUUCAAACGCCAAUCGAAGGCAGCACGUCCUGACCGAGGGAAAAGACGCCAUUACCAACUUGACGACCUAGUGACUGUGGCGGCCACCUCGCUGCGCGACUUGCAACAGCAUCUCAAUCGUUUUGCACCGGUGCAAGGGGGCCGGCAUGAUCACGAUGAGAAUGGUGGCAACCUCAUCACCUUCUAAAGAAGCUGAAUUCAUCCACACACAGUAACACCGAAUUAUGUAUUAUAAAUCACCUUAAUUUGUAUAUGUAGAUGUAAAUGAAUAUAAAUGGAUUUUAGAGGCGAACGGUUUCAAUUUUCCAACUGCGACCGUCACGCCAAUAGUAUUGUAUACCUCCGAUAUUAAUAUCGUGUAAAUUAAACACAAUUGAAGUUAUAUUGAA